CUCCCGAAACAAACUACCAGCAGCAAAAAAAAAGAAAAAAGAAGCUAAUCUCUGUAGAUCGAAAACCCCCACAUCGAAAGAUCUCUCCUUUUACGUUCCGUCUCUCCGUAGAUUAGAUUAAGCUGUUUUGAGGGUCGGGGGUGGUUCGUUCUUCUCCUCCUGUCGUCAUCUUCUCAAACGGCGUUUUGAUCUUCGGGCAAUCACGGCUAUACACGGGAUAUCACGGGGUGUUAGCUUUCAUGUCCAUCUUGUACGCAAGGGUUGUUUGAUAGAGACUAAUCCUUUGCCGCACGGAGGACGUGGAGCUCUGCCGUCUGAAGGCGGCAGCCCUUCUGAUCUCCUCUUUUUAGCCGGAGGCGGUUCACCUUUCUUCUUUUCCAUUAGCUUUUAGGGUUUUAGGGUUUCCAUUAGACUUUUGUUUAUUUCCUAUUUUGCUGUUGAGUCGCGCUUUUCGUGUGUGGGGGUGGGGGAAGUCUUUUUUCUUUCUUUGUGAGAAUGUUGAAAAUCAAGAGGGUUCCGACUGUUGUGUCUAAUUACCAAAAGGAUGAGUCUUCUGAUGAAUCUGUCGGCUGUGGACGUAAUUGUCUCGGAGCUUGUUGCAUUAACGGGGCAAGGCUUCCGUUGUAUGCCUGCAAGAAACUUGAAAAAUCAUGUGCCGGAGAGAAGCCGGUGGCUUUUCUCGAGUCCCUCGUUCUUGGAGAGUGGGAGGAUAGGUUCCAAAGAGGACUCUUUCGCUACGAUGUCACUGCCUGCGAGACCAAAGUGAUCCCUGGGAAGUAUGGUUUCGUUGCUCAGCUAAACGAGGGCCGUCACCUGAAGAAGAGGCCAACCGAGUUCCGUGUGGACAAGGUUUUGCAGUCUUUUGAUGGCAACAAGUUCAACUUCACUAAAGUUGGCCAGGAAGAGCUGCUCUUCCAGUUUGAAGCUGGUGAAGAUGGCGAAGUUCAGUUCUUCCCGUGCAUGCCUCUUGACGCUGAGAAUUCUCCCAGUGUUAUUGCCAUCAAUGUUAGUCCAAUCGAGUAUGGUCACGUGCUGCUGAUUCCUCGGGUUCUGGACUGCUUGCCUCAGAGGAUCGAUCACAAAAGCCUUUUGCUUGCACUUCACAUGGCUACUGAGGCUGCUAAUCCUUACUUCAGACUCGGUUACAACAGCUUGGGUGCUUUUGCCACUAUCAACCAUCUUCACUUUCAGGCAUACUACUUGGCCAUGCCUUUCCCAAUAGAGAAAGCUCCUUCCAAGAAGAUGAUAACCACUGCUAGUGGUGUGAAAAUCUCAGAGCUUCUGAGUUACCCUGUGAGAAGUCUUCUCUUUGAAGGUGGGAGCUCUAUGCAUGACCUAUCUGAUACUGUAUCAGAUGCCUGCGUUUGCCUCCAGAACAACAACAUUCCUUUCAACAUUCUCAUCGCUGAUUGUGGAAGGCAGAUCUUCCUGAUGCCACAGUGUUACGCAGAGAAACAGGCACUAGGUGAAGUAAGCCCCGAGGUGUUGGAAACGCAAGUGAACCCAGCUGUGUGGGAGAUAAGCGGUCACAUGGUGCUGAAGAGGAAAGAGGAUUACGAAGGAGCUUCGGAGGAGAACGCAUGGAGGCUCCUCGCAGAAGCUUCUCUGUCGGAGGAAAGGUUCAAGGAGGUUUAUGCUCUCAUCUUUGAAGCCAUAGGUUGUAGUUACCAAGAGGAGGAGGUUGAAGGAACCAUAGUUGAACAGGACAACCCUAGUGGCAGUGUUAACCAGAAAAGCAACCGAACCACCCAUGGAGGUCCUAUCACGAACGGGACUGCCUCUGAGUGCCUUGUCCUUCAGUGAAAAACUCCGGCUUGGCUGGGGUUUUAUGUAUAAUUAGAGUCCAUAAUGCAUAAAAUAAGCAAACUCUCUUGGUAGUUGCAUUUGAAACUUGUUGGUGUUCUUAUGGUUGUUGUGGCCUAGACUUGCUGGCUCUCUUUCUUGGUUGUAAGUUUAUGUUUGGGAUGAUACAUAUGUUCUCCCCUUGUUGGUGAUUAUUAUCUGAAUAAUUUCGAACAAUUUA